AGAAUAGACCUAGAUCUAAUCAUCAUCGGUAUUAUUAAUACUGCAGCUGUGCAAUUAACUUAAUCAAAUCAAACCAAGCCACAAGGAUAAUCAAUCACCAUGUCUGGAGUCCCCACGUUAUUCGCCAAAGCUUGUGUGAAAAAGCCGAGCAUCAAGAUUCCACCCAAGGAAGAAGUAUCCUUGUUGCUGCAGAAGCGGCUGAGUAUCCAGAAGAAGCCAGAGCAACAAGACGAUCCUAUUCCAGCACCCAUUCCACCUCGACCCGCCAAGCCGGUGAUGGAACCAACAAAGCCAGAGGAAGAGGAGGAAUACAUUGAGGAAGUGAUUGAGGAUGAAGUGGUAGAAGAAGAAGAAGAAGAAGAGUAUAUCGAAGAAGAAGUGAUUGAAGAUACUCCUCCACCUCCUGCUGAGGUUGCAGCUGCUGUCGAAACAUCCAAACCAGCCGAUGCUUCUGCUGCCACAUCAUCCAAAACAACACCAGACACAACAAACCUUCAAUACGAUCCCACGGCCGUCGUCUCGGCGGAAAAGAAUAUUUCCGUGUUGGAAGCCGAACAAGAAGCCAGAGAUCGCAUGGAAGAAUACCGUCGCAAACGAGAGGCACGCAUGGCCGAAGCCGAGCGCAAAAAGGCCGAACGACGAGCCCAAUGGGAAGAAGAAAUGGCCGAAAAUGAAGGCAUUGUCACGUCCAAGAAAAUGGAACUGACCGCGGCGCAAAUGGAAGAACUCGAUCGCAUCAAAUCGCUGGAAUUGCGGAUGCAAGAAGCCGAAGGUGCCGCUUUGGAAGACUUGAAACGACAACAAAUUGAAGCCAAGGACCACUAUCUCGAACAACGAUUUGCGCAUUCCGAAAAAGUAUAUGAAGCCGAAGAACGCGCGUUGCGAGAAGAGCGAGAAGCCAAGGAAGCCGCCAAACAAAAGGCUGCGGCUGACAAAAAGGCCAAAAAGGCAGAAGAGAAACGCAAAAAAGAAGAAUACGAAAAACGCAAAGCCGAACGAGCCGCGGCCAAAGCAGCGCAACAAGCAUCGUAAGAUAAACGGUUGAUGGACAGCAUGAUGUAACUUAUUGGUUGUGGUGGGGAGGAAACAUUGGCCGUGCCCUCCCUCAUUGGAACCGUACCGUAUCCUUGUGUGGUGUAAUUUUACUGUGCCGGUAACUUUCAAGAGCUCUCUCAAUUGAAAU